CGCUUUAAUAAUAAGCCGAAUAGUUACAAAUUUCUCUUUAUCGCGUUUCAUUCACUGUGUCUUUCUCUAUAAAUAUUUAUAAAUAUUUAAAAAAGUAUAUAUAAAAAUAUAUAUAUAUAUAUACAUUCAUGGCCUAUAAAAAAAUGAGAACUUAUUUAGCCUAGUGUUCUUAGCCGAUUAAAUAAUAAUAAUAAUUUAUUAUUAUUAUUAUUAUUGUUAUUAUACUGUAUAUUGUGCUCAACUCGUGCUGUGCUUUUUAUACCGUGCCCUCGUGAUUCAUUGCGAGUGUGUUUAGUGCUUAGUGAUAACGAUUCGUAUAUAGUUGUUUUGCGUAGCCCAAGUGUCUGGGCCUCUUGAAAUCCUGAGAUGCCUGUUAGAAGAGGUCACGUGGCACCCAGGACAACUAUUAUUGAAACCAUCAUUAGAAAAUUUGACACUCAUGAUCGAAGCUUUUUGGUAGCCAACGCUCAACACGGACUAUGUCACAUAAUAUAUUGCUCAGACGGGUUCUGCCGUUUAACGGGGUUCUCGAGAGCAGAAGUCAUGCAGAGGCCAGCGGUUUGCGAAUUUCUCCAUGGACCAAUGACGUCACCACAUGCAGUAGCUGCACUUCGAGACGCACUUUUGGCAGGAGACGAAAAACAUUUCGAAAUUCUUUACUACAGAAAAGACGGAACAAAAUUUCUCUGCAGCGAAGUGAUAGCCCUUAUAAGAAGCGAAGUAGACGACAUACGUCUUCAAAUUAUAAACUUCGAAGACUUGAGCGCACAACCACCGCCUCAACCUACUAUUCCACCACCAAAUCAAACCAACAACAGACUCGUUACACGCUUCGAUAGGGCCAGGGCAUCAUUUCGAGCUGGACUCUCAAGGACAGGCGUCGUUGGACCAUCACGUGUUAGAAGCCGACCAAAGCCAAGUUCAAAUCUUCCACAUCGACUUGCGGAUGGAACAAUUCUUGAUGAGGACGCUUCUGAAAAUUGCCCUUUAACAUGUGGUUCUCCGACAAUGAUGGAAUCAUGGGGUCCAGGAAGAACGGGGACCCCUCCACUUUCACUGCCAGCACCGCACAUGAUUGGCACAAUUGGCAGCAGUUCCGGUGCCACUCCCAGUCUUCCCAUUCCUGGAAAGACGGCACCUAUUGCAAGUCCCGAAGGAGUGAGCGAUAUGUCACAAAAAUCCGGAAUCUGGGAAGGACCACCACCAUCAUCAUCAGCGGAACAAGGACCCUCGCGGAGUGUUUCACAUGCGGCAAGUUUAGAUGCAAUUUCGAGGCGAGCUGUCAAAACGGAAACAACGAGGGUUCCAUGUCGUAGUCUCACCUGUAGUGUUUUAGCGGGCCGAGGGAGCGAACAAAUCACCCUCGAACGAAGGCCAGCGACUGUUGAUAAUCUCACCGAAGCUGCAAAACAUUCGAAAAUAUUUCCUGGUGUUGCAUCGGAAAGUGAUUUACAAAAAUGGCGAACUUCCAGAGAUCGAAAAUCACCAUCACUCAGUCAAAUGGGUCCUGAAUCAUUAAAACAUAAAUACUCAUUACAAGACAAUGGUUCGGCGAAAUAUUUUCAAGGUGCCAUGCAUACACCAAAUAUGGGAGAAAAAGUUGCACAAGUUCUGUCUCUUGGUGCUGAUGUUCUUCCCGAUUAUAAACUUCAAUCGCCAAGAAUACACAAAUGGACAGUAUUACAUUAUUCACCAUUUAAAGCCGUUUGGGAUUGGAUUAUUCUUCUCCUUGUUAUGUACACUGCAAUUUUUACACCUUACGUUGCUGCUUUUUUACUCGCUGAAUCCGAUUACAGUAAAGUUAAAUCGAAAAAAUAUGGAGAGGAUCCAAUUGUCAUUAUUGAUCUCAUAGUCGACGUCACAUUCAUCGUGGACAUUCUUAUAAAUUUUCGUACAACAUUCGUUAACAGUAACGAUGAAGUUGUUUCCCAUCCUGGAAAAAUAGCCGUCCAUUAUUUGAAAGGUUGGUUUGUCAUCGAUCUUGUUGCUGCAAUACCAUUCGAUCUUCUACUUUUUGGCUCCGACACUGAUGAGCUCGGCUUGGACAAGGAUGAGACAACAACGUUGAUUGGACUUCUGAAAACAGCUCGACUUUUAAGAUUAGUCAGGGUUGCAAGAAAAAUCGAUAGAUAUAGCGAAUAUGGAGCCGCUGUCCUGCUUUUGUUAAUGGCCACUUUUGCCCUCAUCGCUCAUUGGAUGGCCUGCAUUUGGUAUGCAAUUGGCAAUGCUGAGAGACCGUCUUUAAAAAGCAAAGUUGGCUGGUUGGAUAUUUUAGCAAAUGACACACAUCAAUUUUAUAAUCAUAAUAACACUGGUGGUCCCAGUAUAAAAAGUCGUUACAUUACCGCCUUGUAUUUCACAUUCAGUAGUUUAACAUCUGUGGGUUUUGGAAAUGUUGCACCAAAUACGGAUGCGGAAAAAAUUUUCACCAUUAUCGUCAUGUUAAUAGGAUCUCUAAUGUACGCGAGUAUUUUUGGAAAUGUUUCGGCAAUUAUUCAAAGGCUCUAUAGUGGUACAGCACGUUAUCAUACACAAAUGCUUAGAGUUCGUGAAUUUAUUAGAUUUCAUCAAAUUCCAAAUCCACUUCGUCAACGUCUUGAGGAAUAUUUCCAACAUGCGUGGACAUAUACAAAUGGAAUCGACAUGAAUAGUGUUUUAAAAGGAUUUCCCGAGUGCCUUCAGGCUGACAUCUGCCUUCAUCUAAAUAGAAAUUUGCUGAAUAAUUGUAAAGCCUUUGAGGGAGCAAGUCCAGGAUGUUUAAGAGCUCUGUCAUUGAAAUUUAAAACAACGCACGCACCACCCGGCGAUACAUUAGUACAUCGUGGUGAUGUAUUGACGUCACUUUAUUUUAUAUCGCGUGGAAGUAUUGAAAUACUUAAGGAUGAUAUUGUAAUGGCAAUAUUAAGUAAGGACGAUAUUUUUGGAGAGAAUCCUUGCCUUUAUACAACCGUUGGCAAAUCAUCAUGUAAUGUUAGAGCGCUUACUUAUUGUGAUUUACAUAAAAUUCACAGGGACGAUCUUCUUGAUGUUCUUGCACUUUAUCCUGAAUUUUCCAGUUAUUUCAGUCGUAAUCUUGAAAUUACAUUCAAUAUGAGAGACGAGGAACAAGCAGGUGUCGAUCCAAUAUCAGCGAGAUUUCCCGUUAGUACUCCAACUGACGUUGAAUUCGAUGCCAGAAGAUUUGCCUUCCGUCCACCGAGAUAUCGUCGAGGACCUGGUGUUCCUGGUACAAAUCUUAUUCCAACAGGUCGUCAGGAUUCUCUAAACGAGGACCAAGAUGAUUACGAUAAGGGCAGUAGCGGUCAUGGAAUUUUGGAAUUUAAUACCGACAAAGCAGGCCAGGAUGUGACACCCUUAAAUCUUGAAUUUGAUGAGCCAAAGCAAAGAAGUUCAACCUUCAAUUCAAUAACUGGCAUGCUAACCCAUCUCAAGCGCAGCAUUCCGGAUCUUCGACAGCACAAGAUUCAUCUACAGCCGUUGACAAGUCACGAUUAUUUGGCAAAACAGAUGACGACACCAUUGACAAAACCAACGAGAAGAAGUUCUGCGGCUGGUGAAAGUUCUUUGAGUCACAAUAUUACUCAUCCGGCAUCAACAACUUCUAGUCAUUAUACGACACCUUCUCCACCUCAACCUAGUGGAGAUUUUCAGAGUGGUCCAGGACGACCACUUGACGAAGUGAACGCGCGAAUAGAUCAAUUAUCGCGGCAAGUGACGUCAUUGGAGCAUUCAAUGGCAGGUGAUAUUAGACUAAUUCUCGCAUUACUUCAACAAACUUUAAAUUCCUCGAGGGAGAGUUCGAGUAUUGAAAUGAUGCCAGGAACAGCACCCGCUGGUACAACGAGACCAAGUGGAAGAGCACCGGCUCUUGUUCAACGUUCAGCGAGCGAACCACAACCACAAACUGUUCCACCUUCGACAAGUGGCAAUAAUGGAAAUGGAAAAUUACAGCCCAGCACAUCACACAGUCUCUUUAGCUUUCUUUCGAAAUCCCUGGAUCAGUUGCAUUUGAUUUCGGCGUCUUUUAUUUUGGAUGGUUUCGACAAACUCCGAAGGCCGAGAGAACCGGCUUCGACAUCAUCGGGAACAUCACGUUUGACAGUAACGUCGGAUACAUCGGCAUUGGCUGCUGCAUUGCAAACGGCAUUAAAUGGUAGAGCUGCGCCCACAAGAUCACAAAGUCAACCUGUUGAUCUUGCUGUUCCGUCUAAUGUUCAACAACCACACGCGUGGCACAGUCAACCGGCUGCUUUUCGACGAGGCGAAUUUAAAAGCGGAUACAGUUCAUUUAAUAAACGUUCCGAACCAGAAGGCGACGAUCCUUGGAGUUGUAUUGUUCCAAUUCUCGAUCGAGGAACAACAAUUCAACGACCACGAAGUAGUGAUUCGCGAAAAGAUUCUUCAUUAACAUUGCGAAGCGCCAGCGAAGUUCAACAACAACAACAACAGCAACAAAGAACCGACAGAAUUCCACCCGAGGGUUCACAACAACCUUCUCAACCUUCUCAACCUCCUCAACGUCAAGAAUCAUCAAGGCAAACAAGUGAGGACAUGUCCUGGGAAUUCACCAUUAAUGAGGCUCCAAUAGCAAGAUUGGAAUCACUCGAUGAAUUAGAUCAGGAUCAUGGAAGUUAAGGAGAGGAAAAAAAAAAAUAUAUUCCCAUAGGUAUUGAAAUUUUUUUUUUUUUUUUUUUAUUUAUUAUUAUUAUUUUUCCCCUCGAAAUCCUCUUCUUAUAUAGAAAAAAAAAAACAGACAAAUACUGCCUUGAGAGACGUAGGUAGUAGGUUUAAAAAAAAAAAAAAAAAUCAGCGCCGUAGUCGCACGGACAAAAUUUGGCUGUGGUUUAGAAAAAGAAAAAAAUAAAUAACGCCUUGGCGGGCUUCCUGAAUAUAUAUAUAUAUAUAUAUAUAUAUAUAUAUAUUUCCGCGUGCGAAGUCGCGGAUUAAUUAUUAUUAUUAUUAUUAUUAAAAAUAAAUUUUAUUUAACCUCUUUGCUUUGAAUCGAAUUAUUUUUCUCUUUCAUUGAAAGGAAAUUUAUUCUUCGGUAUAGAAAUAUUAAAAAAAAAAAGUAAUUUGAAUUAUUUUUGGUUUUUAAUUUUGAAAAAAAAAAAUUGUAUAUUAUUCGAUUAAGCGAAAAGAGGUUAAAAAAAAAAGUGAUGAGAUUUAAAAAAAAAAAUACACACACACACACACGAGGGUAAUAUUUCGUAAAUAAUAAAUUUCAUAGAGAUAUAUAAAAAUUAAUUACGAAUCUUUAAUAUUUACGAACUAAUUUUUCUUUUUUCUUUUUUUUUUUUUUUUUAACGCUAAUAUUUCGAAUGUCAUUCGUGUAUUUUCCUUGUUCUAUUUUUUAUUACACAAUUUUUCUCUGCCUUUUAUUUAUUUAUUUAUUUAUUUAUUUGGAACAUAAUUGUUUUUAAAACAAAAAAAAAACAGUUUUUUCUUUACAAAAAAAAAGAAAAAUAUUUCCUUUAAAAAAAAUUAAAUUAAAUUAAAAUUUAUUUUUUUUUUUAAAGAAAAAAGAUUUUUAAGAAACAAUUUUUCUUUAAAAACAGAAAAAAAAAAUUAAAAAUUACGAUUUUCUUUAAAAUAGGUAGAAAUUUUCUUUUUAUGAAAAAAAUAUAUUUUCUUUUCAAAAAAGUGACAUUUUUCUUUAGAAAUAAUUUUCUUGAAUUUUGUUUUUUUUUUAUAUUUACAGAAAAUUUUUGCUUAUUUAUUAAUGAAAUCCAAAAAUUGAGGCAUCAGGGAAAAAUUAAGAAACAACAACAAAAAAAAAAAAGAAAAUGUUUCAGUAAAGAUUUAAACGAAAAAAAAAUUACAUCGAAUAUUUUUUUAAAUUAUAACGAUUCGUUAAGAAAAAAAAUAAAUAAAAGGGUUUCACUCUACGUCCAAACGCCUCAAAUUUUUCGAAUUUCAAUUUUUUUUUUUUUUUUUUUAAAUAAUUAAUUAAAUUAAAGGAAAUUGGAAAUUUUUUCUAUUUUCUUAAAAAAAAAAAACCAUUAACGAGUGAUAAAUUAAAAAAAUUUAUAUAAAUUAAUUUCAUGAAUAUAAAUAAUUUAAUUAAUUAACUAAAUAUAAUUAAGUAAUCGAAUUAAAUAAUUAAUUUAGUUAAUUAAUUAAAUAAUCGAUUUAUCUAAUUAAUUUUUUCUUUUUUUUGCAAACAUAUUUCUAACGUCGAAUUUUCUUUUUUUUUUUUUUUUUAGAGAGAAAAAUAACGAAAUGCGACAUUCGAUAUUUCUUAAUAAAAUGACAAAAAAAUGAAACAUGAUUAUUAUAUUAUAAUUAAAUAUAAUAGUAAAUUGAGAAGUAAAAAACAAAAAAAAAAGAAAAUGGAGAAGAAGCUAAAAAAAUGGCUUUUGUAAUUACAUAUAUAUAUAUAAUAGCGAAUUUCUAAUUCACUCUUUAAUAUAAUAAUUAGAACACGCAGCACGUGACGCACGGAGAGAUAAUUCCAUCUUUUUUCUUUUUUGAUAAAAAAAAAUAAAUAAAUAACUGCCAACUUAAAAAAAAAAAAAAAACAUUUUU